AUGGGGAAGUACAUGCGGAAGUGCCGGGCCGCGGCCGCGGCCGCGGGCGGCGGCAAGGCGGCGCCGGCCGUCGUGGAGCACCGCGCGCCGGUGGCCCUCGGCGUCCGCACGCGGUCCCGCGCGGCCGCCCUCAACGCGAAGAUGAGGAAGCAGCAGCAGGCGACGACGUCCACGGCGGCGCGCGCGGUGGAGGAUGCGUUGCUGGGCCGUGACGGCGGCGACGCGGCCGCCGGGUGCUACCUGCAUCUCCGGAGCAGGAGGCUGUUCAUGCCUGCUUCCGCGGCGGUGGAUCAGCUCCGGGGACUUGGGGCGGACGAGGAGGCUUCGACGGCGGGGCUGCCGGAUUCUCGGCCCUCGGUGGAGGCGGCGGUCGUGGCCGGGGUCUCGCGCUGCUCCAGCACCGCGUCGACGGCGGUGGACGUGGCGGCUAGAGAGAGGAGCGGCGACGAAGCGGAGCAGGCGUGCGAGAGUGGCGACGUGGAGAGCUCCGUCAGCGACUCUGAGUGCGGCGGCCGGGACAGGAGGGAGACCACGCCGUCGAGCCAUUCCCCGGCAGAUUUGAGCGACCUGGAGUCGAGCCAGUCGGCGGACGAGCAGAAGCACAAACGCAGGAGGUAUCCGGCAACAACGACGACGACCGCAGCGCCAUUCCGCUUAGACUUGGAGGCGAGAGCAAGGAUGCCACCGGCGGCAGAGAUCGACGAGUUCUUCGCCGCCGCGGAGAAGGCCCAGGCCGAGCGCUUCGCCGCCAAGUACAACUUCGACGUCGCGCGCGGCGUGCCUCUCAACGCCGGCCGGUUCGAGUGGACCCCGGUGGCCACCGUCUGA